AAGCUAAAGCUGUGUGUAUUUGUGGAUCAGACAAGUGCAGCAAGUUAUUAUCAUUGGCUUCUGAAGGGGAGAGUGAGGUGAUGGCUGCGUUUAAGUUGGAUUUCCUUCCAGAAAUGAUGGUGGAUCAUUGCUCUUUGAAUUCCAGUCCUGUCUCAAAGAAAAUGAACGGCACCCUGGACCACCCAGACCAACCAGAUCUUGAUGCUAUCAAGAUGUUUGUGGGCCAGGUUCCCAGGACCUGGUCUGAGAAGGACUUGAGGGAACUUUUUGAGCAGUAUGGUGCUGUCUAUGAAAUCAACAUCCUAAGGGAUAGGAGCCAAAACCCUCCUCAGAGCAAAGGGUGCUGUUUUGUUACAUUUUACACCCGCAAAGCUGCUUUAGAAGCUCAGAAUGCUCUUCACAACAUGAAGGUUCUCCCUGGGAUGCAUCACCCUAUACAGAUGAAACCUGCUGACAGUGAAAAGAACAACGGGUUAAGGAGGAAAGUGGACCAUCUGGAAAGGAGACCUGCUAGUGCUUUAGGACAGACUUUCCUGAGCUCAGUAGGGACAAGGCCACGAUCAGUGCAGUUGCCAAGAUACUACAGCCCAGCAGCAAGCUAUGACCCAGCUGUGGAAGACAGGAAGCUGUUUAUUGGUAUGAUUUCCAAGAAGUGUACUGAAAAUGACAUCCGAGUCAUGUUCUCUUCAUUUGGACAGAUUGAAGAAUGCCGGAUAUUGCGGGGACCUGAUGGCUUGAGCCGAGGUUGUGCAUUUGUGACUUUUACAACAAGAACGAUGGCACAGACAGCUAUCAAAGCAAUGCACCAAGCACAAACCAUGGAGGGUUGCUCAUCCCCCAUGGUGGUAAAAUUUGCUGACACCCAGAAGGACAAAGAACAGAAGAGAAUGGCCCAGCAGCUCCAGCAACAGAUGCAACAGAUCAGUGCAGCAUCUGUGUGGGGAAACCUGGCUAGUCUGAACACUCUUGGGCCCCAGUACUUAGCACUUUAUUUGCAGCUCCUUCAGCAGACUGCCUCCUCUGGGAACCUCAACACCCUGAGCAGCCUCCACCCAAUGGGAGGGUUAAAUGCAAUGCAGCUACAAAAUUUGGCUGCACUAGCUGCUGCAGCUAGUGCAGCUCAGAACACACCAAGUGGUACCAAUGCCCUCACUACAUCCAGCAGUCCCCUCAGCGUACUCACCAGUUCAGCAGGAUCUUCACCGAGCUCCAGCAGCAGUAACUCUGUCAACCCCAUAGCCUCACUUGGAGCCCUGCAAACAUUAGCUGGAGCAACAGCUGGCCUCAACGUUGGCUCUUUGGCAGGAAUGGCUGCAUUGAAUGGCGGUCUGGGCAGCAGUGGCCUUUCCAAUGGCACUGGGAGCACCAUGGAGGCCCUCACCCAGGCAUAUUCUGGUAUCCAGCAAUAUGCUGCUGCAGCACUCCCCACUCUGUACAACCAGAAUUUAUUGACACAGCAGAGUAUCGGUGCUGCUGGAAGCCAGAAGGAAGGUCCAGAGGGAGCCAACCUGUUCAUCUACCACCUGCCCCAGGAGUUUGGAGACCAGGACCUGCUGCAGAUGUUUAUGCCCUUUGGGAAUGUCGUGUCUGCCAAGGUUUUCAUAGACAAGCAGACAAACCUGAGCAAGUGUUUUGGUUUUGUAAGUUAUGACAAUCCUGUCUCAGCUCAAGCUGCCAUCCAGUCCAUGAACGGCUUUCAGAUUGGAAUGAAGAGGCUUAAAGUGCAGCUCAAACGUUCGAAGAAUGAUAGCAAGCCCUACUGAGAGUGCUCCCCUCUGAGACUGGAGUGAGAAGAUCUUCUGGCACAGCUUGCCCUGAAGACUCAGCUACUGCCUUCUGUGGGAGUGUCGCUUCGUACAGAGGACAAGUUUGUGCUUUGGUUUCCAGUGUUUUACUUUGGAGUUUAGGUGCCAUAUCCUGGGGUUUUUUUGUUUCGUUUUGUUUUGUUUUUGUUUCUUUUCCCUUUAUUUAAAGUUUGCUGUGUUUGUAACCAGUAUGUUGAGAAGGACCAACACCAGUCCACCCUGAGGAAGGGGGAAAUGCUUUAAAAGAUAAUCAGAAUGUACCCCAAACCACUGAAAGAGAGAGGACUAAGCAGAACAGAAAGUUGAUCCUCCAAAUCUCUCUCCCUGAGUGCUGGGGUGGGUGAGGUCUACUGAGCUGCAGGGGCAGAGUGGAUGAGGUUGCUUGGCAUCUAGACCCUUCAUAUCAAACGAGUUGCUUUCUGUGGAAAUGCUAAGCUUAUGUCACCUAUUUUUCUGACUUUUGUCCUGGAUUUCUGCCCUUCUUUUCCUAGAAGGGGGUCUGCAAGUCUCAGGAAAUAAAGCACUUCUUAAUUUAGUCUGAAAUAUGCAAAUAACAGGGAGAUACCCAUUACUAGCCAUCCCAGUCCACCAUUGGUAUUGUAUUGCCCUGCCUGGCUGGUGGUUGUUUGGGGGAAGCAGCCAAAGAGGUCAUUUCUAGUUUAUUUCAGUGUGAAGUUAGGCCAUUGCCCAUUUCCAAGUUUAUUUUGAUGAAAGUUCAACACAGCAAGGAAUAUUGCCUCCUUCCCCAGCUGCAAUUUUCUCAUGAGGGCAGAUCUAAGAAGCUUUUGCAGCAUCUCCCUAACAAGGGUGCUGUUUACAGGCAGAGCAAUCAGAAGCCAUCUGAUGGAGGGAGGAGGGACCUGCUUCAUGAUGUACCUGAAUCAGGGUCUCUUCAAACUGUAUUUGAGCAGAGCCUAGUGUUCAAGAAGGUGCAGAAGUGCACUGCUGCCUCUUUGAUGAAGGUAUCCCAGAGGUUGUGUUUCCACAGAGGUCUGACAAGCCUCUUCUAGCCACUCUAGCCCCAUCUUCUGCCGUUGGAGACAGAAGAGAGUACAGGACGUUUACAGGCUCCAUAUGGAUUUAGUGUUCAUUUACCUCAGUAUUAACUCAUGUCAUUUUGUCAACAUGCUUACAGUUAGCUCCCUGCUGCCUUUCACCGGUGUUAACUCCAGUGUUUGCCAGUGUCCCACACAGCCUCUAGGCUCUGCUUUUGCUAUAAGAAAUGCUGUUGGGAAUGUGCAUCUGAGCAGAGGUAGCCCCAUAAGCAUAUGACUAUUGGCCACAGCCAAUAGCUUGGGUUCCUAGGUCCUUGAAAGCAUAAACCUCACAAGUUAAAAGCCUUGACUCCUAGCAGCAGAGAUUAGAAGAAGAAAGGGUCUAGCCUGUUUUUAAGUCAGACAGGGACACUUCUGCUUAUCAUGCUGUCCCUGUAGGUAACAUACAGGGAUUGACCAUCUUGCUGUUGUACAGGUAGUUAUUAGUGUUGGAUUAUCCCAUUGAAGCUGGUACAGCACUUCUCUGCUCAUAGUGAUAAGUUGGGUCUAUUGUCCUCUUAAAAACAUGAAAUAUAAUACACUUCUUAAACUGAACCACGUAAACUUGAAUUCUGUGCAACGGGAGAAAAGUGUCCUGUGUUUCAAGAUAAAACUGUUCUAAAGGCUUCCAGGGUAAUGAUGGGAUUUUUAAAAAUAAAUGCAAAAAAUAAAAAAUAAAAAUGAAAAAAAUUAAAAAGGAAAAAAAAAGAAAAAUGCUAGGUUGGGCAGGCACUGUUCUGAAUCCCAACUGGCUGGAACCAAGAAUGUCAUUUCUAUUUUUAUAGAAGUUUUAUACAGCUCCGGGGUGGAGAAUAUUUAUUACCUAAAUUAUAUCUCUGGAAAAGGCCAGGAUUUUGUAGAAUCCAGAAUGUGAUUGUUGUACACACAGAGUGCUGUGUAUGAUUGAAACUACUGACUUUCUGUGACCAUUUGCAGCCCAGGUAACCUGUCCAAGGGGAAGGCUAACAUUAAUGCUGUGAAUCGGCCGAGGCGAGAGCUGUGCUCCAUAGGGUGCUGCCAGUGCUGUGCUCCCUAACCUCCUGUUAUCUUCCUCCUUGGCCAGAACACCAUGUUCUUCCCUCUGUCUCCCAUUUCACCAUUUGUCCUGUGCUCUGGGACCUUAUGAAACCACCUUCCUAAUGAUAUUAGAGGCAAAUGUGUGACCCUCUGCCUUUGGAACAGACCCCAUACUUCAUACCUACUUGUGGCUCUAAAAGGAGUACUUGCCCCAGCAGAGCCAUGGUGUGCUCAGGCAGCCAGCCAGCUGGUGAGACCAUGAACUUCUGUUGGCCCCCUUUGCCCAGUGCAUAAGCACAGCAGUAGCACUGUCCUUGAGCACAGUUCUCUCCCCAGGCCAAAGAUGGUUUUGUUGAAGAAGCUGCUCCCCUGUAAGUCUUGAUGUGAAAGGGCUCAGUUCAGAGUGGAGACUGAAGUGAAGUCUUAAGCAAUCCAUUUCUGUUGUGUGGAGGUUUCACUUACAGUGUGUUUUCUGCUGUAGUUUGUUUCUUGAAUUAUAUCAUGCCAUUGAUUUGCCUUCACUGCAGCCCGACCACUAUCUCCUGGGUUCCACAUGAGUGGCCAGGGCCUACGUGGAAGCUUAGGGCUUGGAUUUCUGGGAACAAAGGGCCAUCCCAAGAUUGAGCAAGAAACUCUGGCCUUCUACCCUAAGUAAUCUCCCUUACACUGUAGUCAGCAUUUUUUGUUUCCUCUCCCCUCCGGUCUCACCAGGUAGUGGGAAAGCGGCUGAGGCCCUGCUUACCCCAGAGACUGUCUUGAUGUAUUAGGUGCUUUGCAGGAAAUCCAAGCCUUAGGUUCCCUUCUGUCUCUGGCAGUUGGUGUUCUCUUGGUGUCCUCCAUGUCCUUUUGAACUUUUCCCUGUGUCCAUUGUUAGCAUGUGCAAAAGUCCCUGUCAUUCCCCACCCCUGCCCUUCCCCACCUCCUCAUUUCAGGGCUGCACACAGUGAGUGUCCUGUUCUCUCUCUGUUUGGAUGUAUUGCUCUGUGUAACUCAGUGGAUCUCCCUCUUUCUGGUUUGUUUUUUUUUCUAGAUUCCUGCCGUUUGUUCAUCGUUGUGCCUAAAGCAUGUCGAUGUGGCGUCAAGUACAUCGUCCAAAUCCCUGUCUCUUCAGCUUCUCUGAUGCUUGAACUCUCACCUUUGACCUUGUGUUGACCUUUGAUGCUGAUGUGUAUUUUAUUAUGUUUGUUUCUUUCUUUGUUUUUUCUUUUUUCUCUCUUUUUUUUUCCCUUUUGUGCUGCCAAAAUUGGUUUUGCUAGAACGACUGCUGAAGGGAAAAUAUUUAAACUUGCAUUUGAAUAUAAAAAAAAUCUAUUUUUCUAGAACUUCAUAAGAUAACCACUUGAUUUUGUGAUUCCAAUUCUUUGUAACUGUCUCAGAGCAGCCCUACUAGCACAUGCCGUGUGGUGUUUGUAUCCCUGUGAACACACAGCCAGUCCGCUUCCAGGCUUUGUUCCUCUGUGUGCUUAGUUUUAAAGACAACUUUGAAAUAAACAAUGAAAUAAACGAUGUCACUAAAAAUCUUUGAGGCUCCUGAACACAUUUUGCUGAUACAGUUUUGGGGCUUGAGGAGACCGCAUGUGUUAUUAAUUUUUGUUUUUCUGAGUUUUCAACUGCAGAAAACACCUGAAAUACCCCCACCCCGUUUCCUUUUCACUGAGGCUGAGGUUUGGGCCCCAGCUAACCUUUUUGUUUUCCUUUUGUGGUUCUUCCUGAAGCAGUCCUGCAGGGAAGCCCUAGGGUCCCGUCCCCUCUCGUCCCUUCCCUUCCCAUCCUGUCCCUGUCCCUGUCCUCCUCCACCUCACCCCCAGCUCAACCAGCUCACAUCCAUGCUUAUUCCUACAGUCUCCACAGCAAAAUGUGAUGCUUUGAAAUUUUUUUGGGUUUUGUAUUUUUGCCUUUUUGUUUUGAAUUUUUCCUUUACUACUAAGAUUAUGCCCAGAAAAAACCAGUUGUGCAUGUUUCCUGCUGUUUCUUCACACCUUCGUAUGUAUCACCUUCACCUCUCUGUUUUCUAUAGUUUGUGCAAAAACUGACUGAUUUAAAGGGGUUUCAAAGAAGAUGUUUUAAAUUGUUACGGGGUUGAUUUUUUUCUCUCUCUAGGUUGUAUUGUUUUAUUUUGAAGUGGCAACUUUCUCCUCUAUUGCCCUUAGAGUGUUUGCCUGUGCACUUAGACUGUCACUCUUGAUGGCCUCCAGGUCUCAGUGGGGCAUCCAGGAGGCUGGCUGCUCUGCUUAGGGAGGACAGGGGGCCAGAGAGGCAGAAGCAGAGCCAAAGGUGGCUGUGGGUAGGCAGGAGGCUUAGCACAUCAAGGCUAUAUCACAGAGGAGGGAGGGUGCUGUGCCCCUAACUACCCAGAGGAGAAGCCGUCUGCACACUGAGUGGCAAUACACCUGCCUGCUCUUUUCCUAGGUGACAAGCACAAUAAAUACUACAGUCUUCACACUGUUUACAGCCCUGGGCACCAACCACCCCACAUUGGCUCUUCGCUAUGGCUCUGCUCUUACUUAGCUAGUAGAGUUGGGGUAAGGACAAGAAUUUGUUUUUAAAUUCAGUGAAGAGCCAAAUAGCUACUGUCCCCAGGUGCCAGGCCAGCCAGUUCUUUGGUUUCCUAAGGGGAAAUUACCCACUUGUCUUGUAGCACCAUCCAGCCUCAGGGUCUUGGGGACUUGCAAGAAUGUGAAUAGGAGAGGAGAGGCUAGAGGAAAUUAGUGGACAGGGAUGAUAGGUCUGUGAAGAGCAGAGGCAGCAGGGAGGAAUUUUGACAGAUCCCACUGAAACUUAAGCACUGGUGGGAGGGAGAGUGGAAGCAAGAUUGUCCAGGGAAGGGUGGCAAGGUGCAUCAAGGGAUGGGGUGGGGUGGGGUGUGGAAGCAUUGACUAGCAUCAUCACACCCAGCUAAUAAAGAAGGGACUCCAGCAGAAUUUCUGCUCUGGGACCCUACACAGGUUGCCUAAUAUAUUAUGCUUGAGGCCACCUUACUAGGAAGAAAAGGCAGCCAAGUGGAGGACCCCUGUAGGUAGGCUGCUCAAUGUCCUGGAAGGGGUGGUGUGGGAUGGAAUGAAGCCAGAGCCCUAGCCUGAGAGAACCUGCUGUGUGCCCCACAGUCUGAUUGCACAGAGCCGCCUCUGUUGGCAGGAGGCACUGCGGCUCCCCCUCCUGUGUAUUGAGAAGCUGUGUUUGCCAAUAUAUUUUGCUUUCAAUUCCAAGAGGAGCUCUGGGAAAACCUGUGGAUAAAACCAAAUGCCAAAUGUUGGACAUUGUUUCCUUUUCCUUUUCUCUGAUUGUUUUAAUUGUUCUGUAGUGGUUUUAAUGGAUUUGAGACCCUGGAGCGGCAGCUGCCUUUCUGAUUUCCAGCUGCUUUUUGUGAAUAAUUUAAAAAGAAAAAAAAAAGAAACUUUACAUUUUGGAGACAAACCUGUGUGAGUUUUUUAUUGGUACAAACGUUGUAUUUAACACUAGGGGUUUUGUACAGUUUUUUGCCUUUUCUACUAGAAAACAAUGUAAAGUGAUUUCACAAUGUGAAGAGAAAAAAAUUGCCACUAUGACCAAACGCACAGUCUGUUCUGCAGCAACAACGGGAUUCAAUCAACUCAAAGUCGUGAUUCAGCCGUAGUAAUGCUUUUCCUUGACCUUGUUUGAGCUUUCCUUUUUUCCUGUUUGAUUUACAAAAGAUGUCUUUUUUUGUGUGUGUGUGAACUUGUGUUGUACUCUGUAGAAAAUUAUGGAUUUUGCUUUAAUGGUUUUAAAAAAAAAAAAAAAAGGGCAAGAAGAGCCCUUGUCGCUUUUCUUACCUAAUCACAGUUUGUGUAGUGGAUUAAAAAAGAAAAAAGUUGUUAAAAGUUUGGAGCAAGGGAGUAUGUGUUUAAAAGGACUCUCCUUCCUUUUUUUUGUGUGUUUUUCCUUUUGUCCCAAUGGGGAACCUAAAUCUGUUUUAAUUGCACAGACACACGGACAAAAAGUCAUUUUGUAUCUGCCAAGUGUGGUACCUUCCUUUGUUUAUUUGCUAUUAAACUGUUUGAGAAGAA